AAACAGGACUUCUAAUCGCUACAUUUCACGUUGUUUUACCGUCUACAGAUUUGAUAUUAGAUAACUUAUUUCGAAUAUUAUUUUCCGCAUACGGAAAUCAUUUCAAAAUUUUUAAUAAUUCAGUUACAAAUUAAAAAUUUGAACAUUAUUAUCAUGGAAAAAACUCCUAAAAAAAGGGGUCGACCUCGUGUACUUAAGGUAGAAACCAGAAGUCCAGAUCCUGAAAAUUUAGAAGAAAUAUUACAAGAAAUAGAUGAAGAAUCUAUAGGGGAUUAUGAUUAUGUUCCUAAUGGUAUCACUGAUUUUGUUGUAAUAAAAAAUAACAAAAAAAAAAUUAAUAACAAUGAAGAUAUUUACGACUUUGAUGUUGAAAAAGAAGAUGGACCCGUUAAAACAAUAUUUGUUCAAGAAAAUGGAGACCAAGAAAACAAAUUGGGAACUGAGUUUACUGAAUAUGCUUGUGAUAUAUGUACACGAUCGUUUAAAACUAUACCCGGUCUCAAACGUCACAAAGCUUCACAUGACCGAAAACAACAAGAAGCUAAUGAGACUGUAACUGAAAAUAUUAAGAAAGAAGUAAAAAGUUGUGACUGUUGUGGGGAAGAUUUAGCAACAGCUCAUAUGAAUGGAGAAUUUGAAUGCUUUGACUGUGGAAACUUCUUUAAAUUAAAAGCUAAUAUGGAACGUCAUCAAUUAAUGGUUCAUUGCAACGAUGAUAUAUUAAAUUGCCCAACUUGUGAAUUUAGCUGUACUGAUAAAGAAACAUUAUCUCAACAUUUAUAUUCACAUGCUGGUACAUCUAAACCUUUUUCAUGUCCUGUUUGUUUUACAUCAUUCAGCAGAAAAUAUCAUCUUGUUCGUCAUAAUAUGCAAACUGGUUGUGAUGGUUCUGAAAAACCAAAAUUUCCUUGUCAAGUCUGUGGUAAAAUUUUCAAUCGUAAAGAUAAUCUUCGAGAACAUCUCCGUGCUCAUGCUGGACAAACAAAAAAGAAGCGUACUUACAAUUGUGAAUACUGUAACAAAGAGUUUGUUGGUUCAGCACUUCUCACGGUACACCGAAGAAGUCACUUGGGAUAUCGACCAUAUCAAUGUGACUUAUGUCCAAAGAGAUUUCCAUCAAGUGGAGCCAUGAAGAAACAUCGUAGAAUACAUACUGGUGAACGUCCUUAUGAGUGCCAACAGUGUUUUGCUAAAUUUGCGGCCAAAGAGACAUUGAAUCGACAUAUUAAAACCCACACUGCACUUAAACCUCAUUCAUGUUCAUUUUGUGGAAAAACCUUCAUUCAAAUUUCGCAACUUAGAGCUCAUUUGUUUCAUCAUACAGGUGAAAAUGGUUUUACUUGUGAUACCUGUGGAAAAUCUUUUAACAGACGUUCUCGUUUAACAUUACAUAUAAGAUAUGUACAUGAAGGUGCUGAACCAUUUAUGUGUAAAGUUUGUAAUAAAGCUCUUCUUAGAAAAGAAGAUGUACAAAGACAUCAUAUUGUUCAUUCUGGAAUAAAAGCACAUGCUUGUCCUAUUUGUGAAAAAAGAUUUGCCAUGAAAUCUUCAUUGAAAAUUCAUUUAUUAACUCAUACCAAAGAACCUCCACGAGCUUGUGACGAAUGUGGAAGAGCAUUUAUUCGUCAAGAUUGUUUGUUACGUCACAUGCGUUCCAAACAUAGAGAUAUGUUAGCUGAAAUUAUGGCAGAUGCUGAAAAAAAAAAACUGGAAGCUCAGCUUUUAGGAAUGGUUAAAAAUGAUGUUGAGACAAAAUUAAGUGAUUUCAUUAAAAACGGUGAAACCAUUGAAAAUGAUGACAUACAUGACGAAGAUGAUGACAAUGAUAAUGAUAAUGGAAGUAUUGAUGAAUUAGCAUCAAAUAGUAAUAGCUCCUCAAGUAAUAUAUCAAGUAAUAACACAUUAGCUGAUUCUUUAAUGGAAUUACUUACUGUUCUUGUGGAUGAAAGUACAUUGAAAGAGUUUGGGUGGCCGAAUACUACAGUUGAUCAUUUAAUAGAAUCUGUAAUAAAAAGAUGUGGUCAUAUGCCAAUUGCACCAGAAAAUGCUUCUUAUAUGUCAAGACUUAGAGAUAAUUCAAAACAACUAUUUUCGAUCAUUAUUGAUGACUCAGCAAUCCAAACACUCCUUAGUAAUCAAACUAUUGAAGAAGUUAUUGAACAUGUAUUAAAAUUGGCUAAAGCUUAAUUGUUUUACUAUUUGGUUUUAUGACUUUUUUUCUAUAUUAAGUUUAAUUUUAAUGAGGUUCAACAGAGUUGAAUUUCAAUGUUAUCCAAAUUGAACAUGGAUUUAAACCAUAUUUAGUUAACUAUUAUUCUCCUCAAACAUGUUAUUUAAAUUCUCUUAUAUAAGUGCUUAUUACGGUUUAAGUUUAUCUUAUUCCAAUUUAGUUAUGACUUAAGUUCGACACAUUAUAGUUAGAAUAUUUUUUAAGUAAAACUAGGCAAUAAAACUGGUCAAGAUUUCAUUAGCUAUAUGUUAAGCUAUAUAUCCCAGCUGUAAAAUAAUACCUUAAAUUUUUUAUAUUAUUAAAUGGAAAUUAAUAUUAUUUUUACAAAUCUUAAUAAUAUUUUCUUAUGAAAUUGUAAACAUUUGAUGUUAUAUACUCUAUAUUAUAUAAGUCAAGUGUUAACUAUAUAAAUAUUAAAAUAUUUUAUAACUAUUUAAAAGAUAUAUCAUUAAAAUUACAUUACAUAUUAAUAAAAAUAUAAUUUUCAUUGUAUAUUUUUCUCAGUUAAUAUGUUUCUCUGCUUAGUAAUGAGAAGAAU